AUGGCUAUGAACCAAUCAAAGGCUGUGUUGUUGAGGGUGAGUUUGGUGGUGGUGGCUCUCUGCAUAGCAGGGUACAUAGUGGGUCCCCCUCUCUACUGGCAUUUCGUUGAAGGUUUGGCAGCAGUGGGCCACUCUUCUCCUUCUGCUUGUGCCCCCUGCGUCUGUGAUUGCUCUUCUCAACCCAUUCUUUCCAUCCCCCAAGGGCUGAGCAACACUUCCUUUGGAGAUUGUGCAAAGUCUGAUCCAGAAGUGAGUGAAGACACUGAAAAGAAUUUUGCAGAGCUAUUGACAGAAGAACUCAAGCUGCGGGAGAACCAAGCGGUGGAAAAUCGGCAACGUGCUGACAUGGCACUGCUUGAGGCAAAGAAGAUUGCAUCUCAGUAUCAGAAGGAAGCAGACAAGUGUAAUUCAGGGAUGGAAACGUGCGAAGAGGCUAGGGAGAAGUCUGAGUUGGCAUUAGUCGCACAGAAGAAGCUAACUGCAUUGUGGGAACUUAGAGCGCGUCAGAAAGGGUGGAAGGAAGGGCUUGGCAAAUCUCAUGCACACUCUCAAGGGAACGUGCAGAGUUCUUAG